AACUCUCCUGGCAUACAUUGUGACCAUCGGACUCACGGCAGCAAGUCGCCUCUGCCGUCAACAGUGAAGUGCAAUCAUGUCUAAAACAGUGGUGUUUCUAGCCGCCCUAGCGUGUGCCAGUGCGUCCUACCCAGCUUCGAAGCUAGUCAAGAACAUUUACAAUGAAUGCCUAAGUCAAUACUCGGUUGAGUGCGUGAAACCUAGAGCCCUAGAGUGGAUUUCGAGAGUGCAAAACGAUGACGAGAUCAAAAUCACGGAUGACCUCGCAAUUGUCAAGAUUGCUGAGCUAGAAGAUGAAGAGGCAGUUGAUCCAAGGCUGGCCAAGGAUCCUUUGUACGAUGUGUUUGACAAAGUGGACAGGUUUGUCCAGACUCACUCGCUAAAAGUGAAUGUUCCGGAUGAGAUCACGAAGAGUUCAGUCUCCGGGUAUGUGCCAAGAUCCCUGCUGACGGAUCUGCCUUCCGUGCUGGACAUGCCAUUGGACUCUGACAACGAAGACAGUGAGAUCUUCGAGGGCCGAAGGAAGAAGAUCAAGCUUCCUAAGCCUUUGAGGAUUAAGAGCAAGCACGGUUUCGUAAAGAAGAUCAUCCUGCCCUUCCUGCUGGGUCUGAAGUUCAAGACCGCAGUCCUGGUUCCUCUGGCGCUCGCUCUCAUCGCCCUCAAGACCUGGAAGGCGCUGACCCUCGGCCUCAUCUCACUGGUCCUCUCUGGCGCCAUGGUGAUCUUCAAGUUCACGAAGCCGAAGGUGGUGAACUACGAGGUGAUCCACUACCCGCAGCACCAUGUGGAGCAUCAUGUGGACCACCACUCCGCCGGCUGGGAGCACGGGCCCUACCAGGCCAGGUCGUAUGAAGACGCCCAUGAGUUAGCGUACGCCGCACAGACCCAGCAGUAGAAACCACGCCUGAACCCAGCACAAACGAAGCGAAAUGACGGUCAAACCAAACCAUCACUUAAUUUAUUAUUUAUUUAAUUUAUUUAUUAAAAUGCUCACUGUAAAUAAAAACGAUAAGAAUUGUU